CCGGUGAGGCUAGAACCCCGAGCGUGGUCGGUUGGAGCAAAUAUGUCUGUCCGGAGGCACAUUGGGAAUCCUGAGUAUCUAACCAGAAGGAUACCACAAAACCCAAGGUAUCAGCAUGUCAAAUCAAGACUAGACACUGUGAGCAAUUCAGAGUUAAUCCCAAGAAAUCAAGAAUUUUGUGGCAUCUCCAGUCUUCACCCAAAUCGCCUUCCACUGAGUUCUUCAAAGCCAGAUAUCUUCUUCCUGGGUGCCUGAGUGUAUCUUCCCAGCUCCCCAGCACUGCCAGACUGUGCCCGGAAUGGAUUAUGCUUCCGAUGAAAUCCCUGCCGGCAUUUUGUUCAGUCACCACCGCAGGGUCCUUGUGUAUUCUCAAGCACCCUCUCUGGGUUUCUGCUCUGUAGCCCUGCAGGCUGAUUAAGGGACAAUUUCCAAACCACAGGGCUCUCCCUUUGUUAGUCUCCUACACUCUUUCAUUUCUGGCAUUAUUCUCUCGUUUCAAUCUAUAUUCAAUCUAAUUUCAAAUUUCUUUAGCUUUCUAAAAUUCCAUAGACUAUUUCCACUCAGUCUUUUCUAGCCAUUUUAAAAUUUUUAAAAAUUCACCUUACUUUUCUUAUCUCUAUACAAACUAGUCAUUUCCUUUUUUUCUUCUUAGUCUUUACUUUUCCUGAAUAUCUGCUAAUAGCCUUGAUCUUAAGCACUGAAACUCAUUACAGACUAGGUACUCUUCAUCUUUACUUGGUAUUUAAUUCUGUUUCUUAUGCCAAAGGAAGAAAUGUAUGUGAAAGCCUUUUACAAACCAGAAAGCACUAUGCGCUCGUAUAACUUAUUGAGAUUAACAAAGGACCUCUGUGCCUCUUUUCACGCUUUCUGCUCCUUCCGAGCCAAAAGAACUUCUCCAUAGAGGAGGGAAAUAUUGAAGAAAAAUAAAGCAGUGGAAUUGUCUCUUAGCAACUGAGUUCCUGCCUUAUAAAUCUUAACCACUUUAGAUUACUGCUGCUCAAAAUCACUUGCUUUUCUUACUGGCUCAGUACAAAUAAGGUUAUUACAUUAUAGGAAAACAAAGGAAAAACUCUAAUGAAUGAGCCCCUCAGUUCAUUGAUUGUGCUGUAUCUUUGCUUAGCAAUAUCAAUAUAGUUGAGUUGUCUUUUUCUCUUGAUUCCACUUGUAAAGCCUUUUUAUAUAUCUUUUUUUGCAACUUAAAUUAUAAACUAAGUAGAGGCUAAAUACCACCUUAUACCACCUUUCUGUUACCUGAGUCCUGAAACAAUUUGGUCAUUUAAGUAGUAUGUAACAUAUAUGUACUAUAUAUAAAUCAAGUUGUGUAUAGCUUAGAGAAAAUCAGGCGUCCAAAAACUCAAAGCAAAUUAGGGUAUGAUUAUUUACAUUAUAAUAUGAUCCAUUAUAAGGAUUCUUCAACUAGUAAAUCUUCAUAGUAUUUCUCAUUUAGCAAAUAUUUUUGAGUGCCUCCAACACUAGCAAUGGAAAGGAUAAAGGUAACAGUAUGACUAAAUACAUUGAGAAGCUAGAAGAGAUCAAAAAAAGUGACUUGCAUACAAAGCUGUGGGAGUCAGAUUAUAGGUACAAAAAAGAUGAGCUUUUCAAGAGACUAAAAGUAACAACUUUUGCCCAGCUGGUCAUCCAGGUUGCAUCCCUAUCUGAUCAAACACUGGAAGUGACAGCUGAGGAGAUUCAAAGGCUAGAAGACAAUGAUUCUGCAACUUCAGAGCCUGAUGCCGAAAUCACUGCCAAGACCAACGGGAAUGGGAGCCCUGGGGAGCAGUCGCCAAGCCCCGUCCAGUUCAUAAACAGUGAGGGAGCCGGGGACUUUAGCCGCUCGACUCUUCAGAGCGUCAUCAGUGGUGUUGGGGAACUGGAUCUAGACAAAGGGCUUGUGAAGAAAACAGAGCCCAAUACCAAAGACAAACCUUAUCCUGACUGCCCUUUCCUGCUGCUAGAUGUGCGAGAUAGAGACUCUUACCAGCAGUGCCACAUUGUUGGAGCUUACAGUUACCCAAUUGCAACUCUGUCUAGAACAAUGAACCCUUACUCAAAUGAUAUUCUUGAGUAUAAAAACGCCCAUGGCAAGAUCAUCAUCCUGUACGAUGACGAUGAGAGGCUGGCCAGCCAGGCGGCCACCACCAUGUGCGAGCGGGGGUUUGAGAACCUCUUCAUGCUUUCCGGAGGUCUAAAAGUCUUAGCUCAGAAAUUCCCAGAAGGACUGAUUACAGGUUCCCUGCCAGCGUCUUGCCAGCAGGCCCUUCCUCCUGGUUCUGCUCGGAAACGAUCCAGCCCCAAAGUGCUGCCCCUACCAGCUGAGAAUAAAUGGAGAUUUACCCCAGAAGACCUAAAGAAGAUAGAAUAUUACCUGGAAGAGGACCAGGGUCCUGCAGACAAUCCUAGCCGGCUGAGCCAAGCUAACGCUUCUGGAAGAGAUGCCAAGGUUCCAGGUACCCGCAGCGGUCAGAACCUCCCCGCGGCGGGCCCUGCCAGCCACCAGAAUCCCCGCUCACUGGGCAGUGGCCACCUGCAAGGCAAACCCUGGAAGUAAAAGACUUUGUCUGCCUUAGUCAAAUAAAUGUUUUCUCUCCUUUUGGAACCCCGAGCAGUUCCCAAGUUGGUCAUUUCAGAAACUGCUGCAAAGACCUAAGCUUGUGUAUCAGGCCCUCUUCCUAUCUCCAACUGCUUUCCCACAUCCAACUUGGGAAGGAUUUUUACAAAAACCAGAGACAUGACAGGCUCUAGUGUCCUCCCUAUUGUUUACAGAAUAUUUAAGUCUCUGAAACUGAGUAGGAAAAAAGUCUUAAUUUUUUUAGGCUUUCAUUUUUUAAAAAAUAAGGUCGAGUUUGUUUUGGUCUGUAUCCUGCAUUGUUUUGUAACUACUUCAGGCACAUCUGUGUGUCCUUCCCAGCCAGUUCUUUUUCACUCAGUGUUCUUGGUUUCACGAAGGUUCUCUAGGUAGGCUUUGUAGCCUGAGAAGCUGCCCCUGGGGGUGCGGAUGAUUCAUAGCUCUCAGCCGCCACCAGGGUCCCCAUCAGGUGUGGACCUGCUGGCUGAGGAGCUUUUUGCCCAGCACCCACCCGAGGCAGGUUCUGCCUUGAGUUUGGAAGCCGAUACCUGUGAGCAUUACUCAGUUAAGAUUUAGUAGCCGCUGUCACGUGUGUGCAAAGCCCCCCUCACAAGAUGUUCUCCUGGGGCCAGCACAGGUGAUGAUGUGUGCCCAGCCACCCUCAUGGGAAAGCCCUAUCCACUGUACAGGGCUGGGUUGAGAGUCAUUCAUUGAAGCCCCCUGGAGUCGCCCCUCAUUUGUGGUUGGUUUAUUAGUUGUAAAUUUCCAUUAUCCAGCUCAGGCAUAUCCAUAUUAGAUGGGUAGAAAUUAUGGCCAGUUGAAAACACUGGCUGUGGUUGGGUCACUACCAGCCCACAAGGUGAGGACGACUCCACAGUCCUUUGUCAAAGCUGACAACCCCUUAAAUCCUUGCUUAAAAAUACAGUAUUAGUCUAAUUGAGUAAUUAGUGCAAUUUCCUGCUUACUUUUCAUUCUCAUGACUGAGCUGUGAUUAGGAGGUUGUGAUUAUAGAUUCUUGUUUGGCCAGAAUUUUGAAUCGGCAUUAAUUGAAUUGCUAGAUGACUGACAUUCAUUCCAUUUAAUUGGGGGAACAAAAGACCUCAGGUAAGGAUGAGGAGCUCUGAAAUCAUCAGGAAAAGGAAAAAGAGGCUUGUUAAUUUUUACAGCCUGUGAUCUGUAGUUGUGAUAAGGGACUGAGGAAUAAAUUGUGCUCUUUGUCAUGGCAACCAGCCUCUGAAAAGCCAGCUGAAAAUUGCCUAUCCUUAGGUGGUUAUUGCUGCUGGGUAAGAUUUGUCUUAACAGGACUAUUUUUCUCACCACCAAAAAAAAAAGGUAUCACAGUAUUUCCAGCAUGGGAAGCUGUUAUUUGUAGGAGAAAUAAAGGUAAUAAAUAUCUUAUAGAGACAUAUGGAAAAAUAACUUUCAGAUUCAGCCCAGUUCUAUUUUAGUGUGUUUAUUCUUCUCUACUUGAUUUCCAAAGUGCAACAUUUUCCGAUGCUUUAGAAAUCAAACAAACCAGGGACAUUGUUCAGAUGUCAAGCCGUGCCCAAUUUUCCAUAAGAUUCAAGAAUCUUGUAUAAAAUUCAGCCAACGUACACAAAGCUUUAAUGAGGAGCCUGUCAUGUUUCCCCAUAAAUUUAUUGCCUGAGAACUAAGUUCAGCCUUUUGCUAAUGCCAAAAUGCUCUGGCUUUUUAUUUUCUUUACAGCAUAGAUUUUUUUAAAUGCAAAUUUUUCCACAUUCAACUUUCCCCUAGCAUAGACAAGAUUUUCAGCCAUUUUGGACACAUAUACAUUUUUAAGAAAAACAUUUUUUUUUUCUCUGUGACAGAGUUCUGUUUAUUCCAUUUUCAAGUUGACCAGUCAGGAGUCUAGAUUUCCCCCACUGGAUUCAGUUUUACAAGUAAGUGGUAGCCCCUUUUGUUUCUAUUCUGCAUUCCCAUCACCACACAACACUGGAGUGUUUGAAAUGACUGUGUAUGUGUGCACAGUCAGUGUAGCCAAACCUAUUAGAAUUGCUGUGCAUUUAGUUGAGAGAUCUGGCAGGUUGACUAUAUUGAUGUGUGUUUCUCCGUAGUGCUUUGCCUGUUGGUAAGGGUUUUAAAUAACUACUCCUCAAAGACCUGUUCUCAUUCUGUACUUUGUGUGUUAAAUGUCACUCGCAGACAGUUUUUACAUGCUCACGGUAUUGCUCUGAAUGUUCUACAUUACUAGUUUCUUCAUUAGAUUAACUGACAUGUAUUAUUUAAGUGAUCUGUGAUACUUUGUGCAAUUAUGAAUGUUGACAAUUAAAGUACAUAGUUCUUAA